CGAGCGUGAGAACUACAACAUCCGUAGAGUCAGGCGCUGGUAGAGUUUGUAAGCGCUCGCCAACGCGCUAGCGCUCUUCCAUCCCCCAUCCUCGGCACCUGGAAGAGAAGGAAAGGUGCGCUUUCGCGGAGGGCACAGGGAGCGCUGCUCGCGUGCAGGACAUCGGGACACUGGCGCAGUCGUGCAAAAAGCAGGCCCAGCCUAGGCCAGCACCAUGGCAGCGCCCACAGACGCGGAGAAUCUGUGGAGGUUGCGCCAAGUGUUGCCUGUGCUGGGUGGCCCCCCUGACCCCUGUGGGAUGCUGGGGCCACAAGUUACUUCACUGCUGACUGCUUUAAGACAUGCUGAGAAAAGGAAGCAGCUGACACCAGCACAGAUUGAUGAGUGCAUCCCGAUGCUUCUCGCACUAUUGGAACAACCUAAAAAUUCUUCUGUAGUUCGAGAUGUGGUCAUGGCCUUAAAAGAAAUAGUGAGUGAACAGAAAGGUCGAACUCGUCUCCUGGUUGAGCGAUGUGCAACACAGGUGCUACUACCGAUUCUCCUGAGGCACCGCGACAUGGGUCUGUCCGAGCCGGCAUUUCUGGUGGCCCUCUGCAACCUGCUGUCUCGUGUAGCUGCACAAGAUCAAAAGUUCUGCUUGAGGGCUCGUGUUCUGGGUGCAUACAAAGUUCCAUUGGAAGAGCUUCGGAAAUUCAAGGUCAAAAUCAAGGUUAAGGUUGCCAUCUUGCUGCUGCUGAAAAGACUGCUUGGCAACAAGCAGAAUGCAACUCUUCUGGGUAAUGAGGGCCUGCUGACAGAGUUGUUCUACUUGCUUGAGGGCAACAGUACUGUCUGCCUCCAGACUUCCCUGACCUUGGAGUGCUUGUCUCUGGCCACCUGCUCGAAGCGCAAUGUGCUUGAGCUGGUUCAGCGAGGCCACCUGAAGCAUCUGUUGGCCAUGAUAGAGACAUGCAACGUGGGUGCCCUUCGAGGGGAUGCUGGCCUCAACCGCAAGGAAAGGCUUCUCUAUCGCAUGAUGCGGGCGGACCUGGAGUGUCUUGUCAACAUUGCGAGGCAUAAGGCCGGUCGACGGGAGUUGCGGAAGCAAGAGGUGCCGCAGUUGCUGUGGCGUUGGGCUUCAUCUCUUGGCCCCGGUGAGCAAGGUGACCGCCUUACGAGAGGUGUGUGCCAGGUGGUUCACAGGUGUCUACCUCCUUGGCCACUACCCAUCACCAGGGCCCAUGGCCCCCUGCAGUGGCCUCUUGGUACAGGCAGCAAUGAAGCCCUACCAGUGGCUGAGGAGGUUCCAGUGACCCAUGCUUCCAGUGAUCAUGAUGAGCUGCAGUCUUCCCAGUCAGCCACUUCAUCAGAGCACGAGGCUGAGCUAGACGACUUACCUGACACAACAAAAUGUGAGCCUUUGCCUGAAAAAUACCAUUUGGAAGUGGACUUGGACUCAUACUCAAAGUUUUUCCCAGAAUUGAAGGACCGUGAGGCAACUGUAGAUGUUGGCCCAGUUAUCACUGGAGAGGUUUCCUUGCCUGCAACCACAAAGAGCUCAGAAGAUGGCGAUCCUUUGGCAAAUCUCAAGUGUAGCUAUGAGCAUUUGGUGCAAAGCACCCAGAGUCUUGUGCCUUUGGUGAAGAUUGCCUUUCCAGAAAUGGUGGGCCACUUACACACUGAGUCAUUGGAGCGGCUGCAUUCGUGCCAAAAUUCUGGCGCCAGAAACAAGAUACUUGAAGAAGUGCGGAUUCGCCUGGAAAAUGCUAGGGAUUCGAGCAGUUUUGCAGUUGUGUAUGACUAUGACAGUCUAGCCCUACACAGCCUGCCUCCAUCAAGACCUCUGAUGAACAGUGAUGUGCCACGAUCUCUUCAGGAAGUAGUCUCUGAGCGGCUCUGGUUUGAGUCUCGCUUUGAAGGUGGAAACCUUCGUAAGGCCGUUCAGAUUGGGCCAUAUGAGUACAACCUGCUCAUGAGUCCAGACAUCAACACAAGCCUCCACCAUCGCUGGUUCUACUUUGAAGUGGCAGGCAUGCGCAGUGAUGUAGACUACACAUUCAACAUUGUAAACUUUGACCGCAGUGGAAGCCUGUACAAAGAAGGCCAGUGCCCCUUGCUGUUCUCGGUCCGAGAUGCAUCCAACGGCCGUGGCUGGCGUCGUGUGGGUGGUGGCAUCAGCUACCAGCGCAACCUGCACUGGCGAGCUGACAAGGGACCCCUCUUCACAUUGAGCUUCACUGUCCGUUUUCCUCAUGCUGGAGAUGUGUGCUACAUUGCCAAUGGCUUUCCUUAUGGUUUCUCUCUCCUUAAGGCACACCUUAACCUUUGGCUCAGCUCAUAUGACCGCAGUAGCAUAUUCCUGGAGCGACAGGAACUGUGUAGGACCAUGGCUGGCAAUCCCGUGCCUCUGCUCACCAUCACAGCCCAGCCCUUGGAAUUAUCCAGGCCGCACGUAGUGCUGAUGGCUCGAGUACAUCCUGGUGAAACAAAUUCUUCAUGGAUAAUGAAAGGAAUAAUUGAUUUUCUUAUGAGUGACAAGCCAGUUGCACAGAGAGUCCGUGAAACCUUUGUGUUCAAGCUGGUGCCUAUGCUGAACCCUGAUGGCGUUAUCAAUGGAUGCCACCGCUGUUCGUUGGCAGGCCAAGAUCUGAACCGUCAGUGGUCAUUCCCAGACCCAGAUUUGCACCCCACAAUCUAUCACACCAAGGCACUUCUUGUCUACUUGGCACACCAAGGACACACUCCGCUGGUGAUGUGUGAUUUCCAUGGCCACUCACGCCACUUCAAUGCAUUCCUCUAUGGUUGCUCGCCAUCUCGUUCAUGGUUGCUUCAUGACAAACCUCAAGAAGAUGAUGAUAUUUGUGAGGUGCUAGCUGCAAUCCUGCACCAGGUGAGCCCUGCAUUCACGUACGAGUCGUGUUGUUUUGAUGUGGAGCGGAGUAAGGAGUCAACAGCCCGAGUGACAGCCUGGCGCCAGUUUGGUAUUCGACUAAGCUACACGUAUGAGUGCUCCACAGGUGGAUGUGACCAGGGCAUGUAUGCUGGUUAUCACCUAGGUGUGGCUCAGCUUGAGGAGCUGGGCAUGCAGUUUUGUGAAGCACUUAGUCGUCUGGAACUCACACCUGAUGGUGAAGUUCAGCUGGACCCAUCUUGCGCUGAACUGCUGGACGUGUGUCGGCGGCGUGUCCGGGAGAAGAAGCGUGCUCCAUGCAGCAGUGGCAGCACCGACUCACUCAUUGACGAAGAAGAAGAGGAAGAGGAUGCAGUUCCCAUUGUGAAACCAUAGCUUGCCUGGUGCCACUUGUUUUACCAUAUUUUCCACAGUUGGUUUUACACGGGACUGUUUUUAGCACUGUUUCAAGAUGGUACCUUUCUCAUCGAAUGGUUGUUGAACUUGCAGACAGUUUGUCACUCUGCAAUGUUCCUUUUCUUUCUUUCUUAUCAUGAAGUCACAAGAUCAGCUUGGUCAGAACUCAAGGUGAUAUUUUACCUAGCAGUAUUGCUGGCUCUGUCGCACACUGUGUGUUGCCACUUUGCAAGUGGGGUCCAUGUGACAUGCACCCAUGAGUGUUGGCAGCACAUUAUUUCCUGUAGCGCUUUUAUUGUAGUGUAACCAAUCAGCAUAUUUUUAUCUGUAACAUAUUUCUGUGUGAAAAUCAUUACAAGUGCUUACAGCUUGACAAUAAAGGCCACAUAGUGUGCACAGCUAGUCACAGUUUACAGAAUCUAGUCACCAAGUGUAGCUAUUCUACAAUAUAAAUUUUUCCGGGGUAAUAAUAUUUAAUACUUCUGAUUCUUUUACUAGCAAGAUUUUGCUCAUAUAACAUAUUUAUUAUCUGUACAUCACAGCAGUAAAGUAUAAUUUUGAAGUAAGACUUGAGUAAUAACGCACCUUUCCAUAGUGAUAAAAUAUAUAUUUUUCAGCUGCGAAUUAUGUUAAAGUUAAAAAGCUUGGCAUAUUAUUGUCAAUAACAUUACAGCGAUAAUUUUAGAGGUGAAGGGGCUAAUUUAAUAAACUGAAAGCCAGCUAACUGAAGCCCUUCUGCUGUUACCGAUGGCAAACAAACAAAUGAGAAAAAGGUGAUAUCUGACAAUAUUAAAAACUUUGUUGCACACAAUAAGCAGGAAACACAUAGCACACAAAGGCAGACUGUGGAUUUUGCUUGGCAGUUCAUGUGACUAACUAUGGCCUUCUAUUAAAAUAUGUGCAACAGAAACAGUGUACUGGUGCAUUAAGCCAUUAGUGCAUUCAUCAUUGGUUUUGUCACAACUUUAGUGACAUUCCAAAAAACAAAGCUGGCAUUCAGUUACGACCAUUUCUAGCUCUAUUACAGUGGGGAACGACUGGGGUUCAGUACUAUGGAUAGCCACUUCAUCUCGUGGUAACAUUACCAGCCCGAAACUCUUGUGCUCAUUCAUCCCAUAAUAAACUGCAUGCGUUUAUUAUGUCACUGCUGAUCCUGCAUUGCUCUGAGACAGUAUCACUCCACAAAGGCUAUUCAACUAACAGGGUUAAACAAACGCAAUACUAUGAGUUUACAAGACCACCAUAUUUACAUGAAUAUAACAUAAGGAGGCAUCACUUACGCAUUGGAAGAUGAAGAAAUAUUAUACUCUUACAAUUGCAGUGUAGGCCGCUUAUAACGUAAGUCGCCGGAGUCACGAAUAUUCGCACUAUAAGCGGUACCGCACUAUAACCAAAGCAACUACUGUAUGUUAUUGCGAUAAUGGAAACUCCAGGCGCAUUUCUGCCGUCGCUGUCACCGUGCUAUAGGUUCCGUAUUCGCUUACUAAAUAAAUUAACAAGCACAGUGUCACGCACGCACAAGCAAACAUGAACACAUCUCGCUCGUUGACCGCGGAAACGAACUGUCAAAACGCUCGAGUGACGAAGCGCGGCGAGCGAAUUGACCUUCCAUGCUAUCAUACCUCUCGCUUCAACGCGACCUAUAAACGGCGAAAACACGGCAUGUGGCGGACUUUCCCCAUCGCAGAUUGCUUUCAAGAUAGGGCUAUGGCGAUCAUAUCGCCGAAGUGGAUCGUCGUAGAUUACGUCCUGCUUCGGUCCACUGAAACCGUUCCGCAUUGCUUUGCUGGCGAAAAUCUUCUCCUUCUGUUUGCGCCACUUCCGAACGCCCGUGAUGCGGCCUUAUUUCCGUCCGUCUCCGCACACGUGAUCACUUUCCUUUUAAAUGCGGCAUCAUGAUGAACUCGGUACUUCAUGCUGAUAGAGCAGACUCAGAGAACGUAAAGACAGACUGUAAGACGAUUGCCUAAGCACAUGUACUGCAGCACAUGGAGGAACCUACGGUAGCUAGGCUUGAGAGUAGCUAGGCUCGACGCGCAUGCAAGGCGGCCAUUUUGAAAUGCCGACGGAAACACAGAUUUAGGGUCGUACUCGAUUCUAACGCGGACGCAAUUUUUGGACCUGUUUUAUCGGGAAAAAAGUGCACCUUAGAUUCGAGUAAAUACGGUAUUUGUGGCUUGAGGGGAGCAUUUGCUGUCUAAGUUGACUGCCGAACUUUCAGGCAGCCGCACUAUAACCGGUAUUUCGUGUCCCGCAACUGCACUAUAACUGAUACGCGUAUACAUAGAGUGCUAUGGGAAAAUUAACGGGAGUCUGAAAAGACCGUAUUAUAUCCGGUCCUGCACU